AGAUGAUGAAUCAAAAUUCUUAAAUGCUUCUAAAAUUAUAAGAAUUCCAGUCAGGAUUUUCAAAUAGUAUUACAAAAUUACAAGACUAAGCUAAAAACUACAAUAAUUGCUACAAUUUAGCAAAUAAGGAAAUAAAGGAUUAUUAUAAUACAUUACAAAAAUAAGCAAACAAAAUUGAUUAAUAUCAACUACAAAAUAACAAGGGAAAGUGUGACAAUUCUUUGGAAGCUUUGUAAAAGCAUUAUAAUGGAUUAAACGAAUAAUUGAAUAAUUUUAAUUAAGAAGUGUUGCUUUACUAAUUCUUGCAAGUUGAAUUUGAUAACUAUCGCUUAUCAAUGGAAUUGUAAUAGCAAGCGCAAAGUGAAUUAAAACCCUUUUAGCAUUACCCUUUGCUAUAACAAUCUUCUGUGAAUUUUGGGCUUGUGAAUGAAUUGACCAGAGAAUUGUAAUCAAUACUUGCAUACCAGUAUUAAUAAUUUAAGCAAAAUGAUCAAAUUAACGAAUUCAUUCGUGAUCUAACAUCUUUUAUUUAAUAGUAAAUUGAGAUUCGAGAUGAAGAAUAGAGGAAAAUCUAAUAAUAAUUUGAAGAGAGUCAAAGGUAAUAAUUGGAGAUUAAAAAACAAAAGGAGGAGCUUGAAUUGCAAAAUGGAAUUGAUACUGAUUAAAAUGAAAAUGAUGAAAAUCUUUCAGAACCAGAAGACUUAGUAUAAUUAUGUUAAGAAUGCGGAUAAACAAUUAAGUGUAAUCAUUUCUUAACAAAGUGUUUGCACUACUAUCACGAAGAAUGCAUACUUCAAAAAGUAAAGGCAAAUUAUCAAUAAACAAGCAUUUAUUGUUCUUGCAAUACUUUGAUUAGUUCAAGAAUGAUCAAGGGUGUGUUGGACCACUCUAGGGAUGAUCAAAGUUAAAUCAAUUUUGAGAUCUUCUUACAAUUUCAAAUCAAAUUAUUAUUAAAGAAAGGUAAUUACAAUUAUGCAGAAUGUAAAUGUGGUUUCCUUUACAUAUCCGAAAAGUCCGAAAAAUUAGAUAGGUGUGAAAAUUGUGAAAGAGACUAUUGA